AUGCCAUUCUCCUACAAAAAAGUCCUAGUCUUCGGAGCAACAAGUGGUAUAGGGGAAGCACUCGCCAAUCGAUUGGUUCAAGAAGGUGCCUUUGUCAUUGCGGUUGGCCGGCGUAAAGGCAAUCUCGAGUCUCUAGUGCACAAGCAUGGCCACGACAAAGUUCAAGCUGUUCCAUUUGACAUCACUCAGGUGGAAUCGAUCCCUCACUUUGUCACCAAUGUCACCAGCACCCACACGGAUCUAGACUGUGUCAUCUUGAAUGCUGGAAUCCAAAGGAGAACGGACUUUAGUGACCCGGAGUCGAUCGAUGUUGAUGUGCUGAAUCUCGAGUUCACCACAAACUACCUCUCUCAGUUAGCUUUGACCAAAGCUUUCUUACCGUUCCUGCAGAAGGCGUCCACCGCGUCAGCAUUGGUCUAUGUGACUUCUGGUUUGGCCUUGGUACCAAUAACUCGAUGCUCCAACUAUUGUGCUUCCAAAGCAGCGUUGCAUCAAUUCAUUCUCUGUCUGCGUGCUCAAUUGAAGGACUCUAACAUCAAAGUCAUUGAGAUCUAUCCCCCAGCCGUGCAGACCGAGCUGCAUGAUGAAAAGCACCAGCCUGAUAUCAAGAACGGUCGAUCGUUUGGAAUGCCUCUCGAUGAAUUCACAAACGAGGCAUUCGCUGGCUUAGCACAUGGUGCCGAGCAGAUCCCAGUAGGCAGGUCCAAGGAUGCCUUUGAAGCGUUUGAACUUAAGCGGCAGGAGAUCUUCCAACAAAUGCUGGAAUCGAUGCCAUCGCAGGCUGACCUCGUUUCCCUCUUCACAUCUUUCAGCCCGGCCGCAGAGAGCAAGACCAACAACACCGUCAAGAUGUGUGGCAUUUUCGGUUAUAUCAACUACCUCGUCGAGAAGGACCGACAGUACAUCAUUGACACAUUGAUGAAUGGCCUCUCUCGGCUGGAAUACAGAGGUUACGACUCCGCCGGUUUCGCAGUCGACGGCGACAAGAAGAAUGAGGUCUUUGCCUUCAAAGAGGUGGGCAAGGUGGUCAAGCUCCGAGAGUUGGUUGCCGCCUCCGGUGUCGACAUGACAAAGACCUUUGACUCUCAUGCUGGUAUUGCACACACCCGAUGGGCUACCCAUGGCAAGCCUUCAAGAUUAAACUGCCAUCCACACAGAUCUGAUCCCAAGUGGGAGUUCUCCGUCGUCCAUAACGGCAUCAUCACAAACUACAAAGAACUCAAGGCCCUUCUCGAAGGCAAGGGCUUCCAGUUUGAAACCGACACGGAUACCGAAUGUAUCGCCAAGCUCGCAAAGUUCCUCUAUGACUCCCACCCUGAUAUCGACUUUACCACCCUCGCAAAGGCCGUCAUCAAAGAGCUCCAGGGCGCUUUCGGUCUCCUCCUUAAAUCUGUCCAUUACCCUCAUGAAGUCGUUGCAGCCCGAAAGGGUUCCCCCUUGGUUGUGGGUGUCAAGACAGCCAAGAAGAUGAAGGUUGAUUUCGUUGAUGUUGAGUAUUCCGAAAGCGGUGGUGCUCUCUCCGCUGAACAAGCCAACCACAAUGUUGCCGUCAAGAAAUCAGCAGCAGGUCUCUUGGCUCCUGGCUCAGGCCUUCUCGCUCCUCCAGACAAGUCUCUUCUCCACAGAUCUCAAUCCCGAGCAUUCUUGUCUGAUGAUGGUAUGCCCCAGCCAGCCGAAUUCUUCCUAUCGUCCGAUGCCUCUGCUCUGGUUGAGCAUACCAAGAAAGUUCUGUACCUGGAAGAUGAUGAUAUUGCACACAUUCAUGAGGGUCAGCUCAACAUCCACCGUCUUUCCAAGGAUGAUGGUACCAGCAAUGUCCGUGCCAUUCAGACGAUUGAAUUGGAGCUUCAGGAAAUCAUGAAGGGCAAGUUUGAUCACUUCAUGCAAAAAGAGAUUUUCGAACAGCCCGAAUCCGUUGUCAAUACCAUGCGAGGUCGUUUGGACGUUGCCAACAAGACCGUCACUUUGGGUGGUCUGAAGCAGUACAUCAGCACCAUUCGAAGAUGCAGAAGACUGAUCUUCAUCGCUUGCGGUACUAGCUACCAUUCUUGCAUGGCUGUUCGCGGCGUGUUUGAAGAGCUGACGGAGAUUCCAAUUGCUGUCGAACUUGCAUCGGAUUUCCUCGACCGACAGGCACCCGUAUUCAGAGAUGAUACCUGCGUCUUCGUAUCACAGUCUGGUGAGACUGCUGAUUCUCUGAUGGCGCUUCGUUACUGCUUGGAGCGUGGUGCCCUGACGGUUGGUAUCGUCAACGUGGUUGGCUCGUCCAUCUCCAUGCUCACGCACUGUGGUGUUCAUAUCAACGCUGGCCCUGAAAUUGGUGUCGCAUCCACAAAGGCAUAUACUUCUCAAUUUGUGGCCAUGGUCAUGUUUGCCCUGUCUCUUAGUGAGGACCGAGCAUCCAAGGCUCAACGCCGUCAUCAAAUCAUCGAAGGCCUUGGAAAGGUCAGCGAGCAGUUCCGAGAGAUCCUCAAACUCAACGACUCGAUCAAGGAAAUGUGCGCCAAGUUCCUGCAAAAUCAGAAAUCACUGUUGCUGCUGGGACGUGGAAGCCAGUACUCAACCGCUCUCGAAGGUGCCUUGAAGAUCAAGGAAAUCUCUUAUCUCCACUGUGAAGCCGUCAUGUCUGGAGAGCUCAAGCAUGGAGUUUUGGCAUUAGUGGACGAAAAUCUUCCAAUCAUUAUGAUCUUGACACGUGAUGAUAUCUUCGCGAAGUCUCUGAACGCAUAUCAACAAGUCAUUGCUCGCAGUGGUCGCCCUAUUGUUAUUUGCAACAAGGAUGAUCCUGAAUUCCCACCUUCCAAGACCGAACGAAUCGAGGUUCCUCAGACGGUGGACGCUCUGCAAGGUCUCCUGAAUGUUAUUCCAUUGCAGUUAAUCGCGUACUGGCUUGCCGUUGCCGAAGGAUUGAACGUUGAUUUCCCCCGUAACUUGGCCAAGUCUGUCACCGUCGAAUAG